UGCGGACAAAGGCAGAGGCCGCGAGGUGUCUGGUCCGGUAGAGUGGUGGCGGCUGCCGUGGGCUUUGCCAGCCUCCUUCUCAACCCGUCUUUCUCUCUCGGGUCCCUGGAGCCCCUACCCAGGUUCACCGACCAGACCUGGGCAGGAACUCUGGUGACCACGGAUUGGGUUAGAGGAAGCCACGUUGUUGGAGGCUGGCAAGACGUAUCUUCACUCGCGCCCGUAAAUCACUUUCCAAUCCUGAGUUUCCCCUCUUGAGAUAAGGAAGCAGCCACUGCAAGAGGAGCAGAGCGGUGGCUGGCGACUUCACGGCGGGUGACGUCAUGACAAGCGAGGUGAUUGAGGAUGAGAAACAGUUUUAUUCGAAGGCCAAGACCUACUGGAAGCAGAUCCCGCCCACGGUGGACGGCAUGCUGGGGGGGUAUGGCCACAUCUCCAACAUCGACCUCAACAGCUCCCGGAAGUUUCUACAGAGGUUUUUAAGGGAAGGCCCAAACAAGACAGGGACUUCCUGUGCCCUGGACUGUGGCGCUGGCAUUGGAAGGAUCACCAAACGCCUGCUCCUGCCGCUCUUCAGGGUGGUUGACAUGGUCGACGUGACAGAAGACUUUCUAGCCAAAGCCAAGACCUACCUUGGGGAAGAGGGCAAGAGGGUGAGGAACUACUUCUGCUGUGGGUUGCAGGACUUCAGCCCUGAGCCCAGCUCCUAUGACGUGAUCUGGAUCCAGUGGGUGAUAGGCCACCUGACAGAUCAGCACCUCGCUGAGUUUCUGCGCCGCUGCAAGCGGGGCCUACGCCCCAAUGGCAUCAUCGUCAUCAAAGAUAACAUGGCCCAGGAGGGUGUGAUCCUGGAUGACGUGGACAGCAGUGUGUGCCGUGACCUCGAGGUGGUCCGCCGGAUCAUCCGCAGUGCAGGCCUCAGCCUCCUGGCUGAGGAGCGCCAGGAGAACCUGCCAGAUGAGAUCUAUCAUGUCUACAGCUUCGCCCUGAGAUGAAGCCAGGGCCAGAGCUGGUGGCCAGCAGCUGGCAGGUCAAGAGACACACCAUUGACUCCAGUGGGAAGGGACAAGCCCCAGGGGAGGUGUUCCCUGAAUUGGGGCAAUGCAGCCGUCACUCCAAAGCACCCUGGCAACUUCCCACGGGGCUUAUGGAGUUGUCACCCACUGGACUAGCUGCCUAAGGGGAAAACCUUCACUUGGUUGCCUAGGACCUCAAGUGUGUGGACUCCUGAGUUCCAGGACAGCCGGGCCACUUGGUACCUGCAGACAGUACCACUUACAGGAAUGGUCACAGCCCCACAUCCUCUUUGGUGAUGGGACACAGCUCCUGGGAGUUCCUUUCCGACAGGCACAUGCAGCCAAUAAAAGGGUGAGCCCUGUUCUCAAAUGCCCCAGGCAGUCUGUGUGUGGAUGUGUGUCAGAUAGCUUGAGAGUGCCAAAUUGUCAUACAGAGACACAGAGUUUAAUC